AUGGAGUUCAAAGAAGGCAGCUCUGCCAAAACGGUCCUGGAGGACAAGAAGGUGGCGGUGCAGCAGCAGCAGCGGUGUGUCCUCAUGGCAAAGGCCGACUGCAGGCCAGCUGUGUGCGCAGGCAGCGGGGCCAAGGGACCGAUCUGUCCCUCCCGCAGCACUGCUGGGACGCCACCCGGGUUUCCAACCGAUGGGUUCCUGCUUCUGGCCCUGCUGCUCUACGCACCCGUGGGACUCUGCCUGCUCAUCCUGCGCCUCUUCAUCGGUGUACACGUCUUUCUGGUCAGCUGCGCCCUGCCUGACAGCGUGCUGCGUCGGUUUAUUGUACGUGUGAUGUGCUCAGUGCUGGGCUUAUUUGUGCGGCAAAGUGAUCCCCGGCUUCGUGAUGUCAAUGUGAGAGUGUAUAUCGCCAACCACAUAACCCAAUUUGAUCACAACGUCAUCAACCUUCUGACCUCAUGUAAUACGCCUGCAUUGAACGGUGCCCCUGGCUUCAUCUGCUGGUCACGGGGAUUCAUGGAGCUGGGAGUAACAGGAAGCCGAGCAGAGCUGGUGGAUUCCCUGAAGGUCUAUUCGUCCCACAGAGGAAACCCACCACUGCUUCUGUUCCCGGAGGAGGCAGCCACCAACGGCCGGGCUGGCUUGCUCCGCUUCAGCUCUUGGCCGUUCUCAAUCUUGGAUGUGGUACAGCCAGUUGCCCUACAAGUUCAGAGGCCUUUGAUCACUGUGAGUGUGGCUGACUCCUCCUGGAUUACAGAGCUGCUCUGGACUUUCUUUGUUCCCUUCACAGUUUAUCAAGUAAGGUGGAUGCCGUCUGUCCCCAGACGAGCUGAAGAGCUGAGUGAGGAUUUUGCGCUCCGAGUUCAGGAGCUCUUGGCCAUGGAGCUGGGUGUGGUAUCCACACGGCUCACUGCAGCAGAUAAAAGUGAACACAUGAAGAGGCUGAGACACACAUCGCUUCUCCCCUUUGCCCCAGCCUCAAGCCAGCCCCUGGCAGCCAGGCCCAGGAUGCCUUCCAGCCUGACCGGUGUUGCUCCUGAGGAUGUGCGGAUCACAGCGAUGGCUCAGCGGGUCAAGGAGGUGCUGCCUCACGUGCCUCUGGAGGUCAUCAGGGUAGACCUAGCCCAAACCAACUGUGUGGAUACCACCAUUGCCAACUUGCUGGAGGGGAGAGUACCCUUCUCCCCUGAAAGUAAGGAGGCUGGUACUGACCUGCCUGCCCCGUCUACCUCCCAGGCUGCAGCUGCUUCUGGCAUCCAGGGCUCCGUAGCUGUGCCUUCUUCCAAGCCAGCUACAAAACAAUUUGCAAAGUCCCCUGUGGAGCGGCAUCUGUCCUUGCAGGAGCGGAAACGAGCGUUGUACGACUAUGCCAGGAGUGCUCUGCUUGCCUUGGGCUCCCCGGCCUGGGAUGACAAUGGAGCCGGCCAGGUGAGCGAGCAGCCAGGGGAGAGUGAGCUGCUCCCUCCCCGCAGCCAGCCCCAGCCGGGCUGCCCCCACCCUCGGCAGCGGGAUGUGCCGGAGGGAGCCAAGUGGAGGGAGCGACGCCUGCCAGCAUCCCUCGGUUGGACCUGCACCCGCCGUCCUCCGCAUCUGUCUCCAAAGAUCUACAUUGGGAAGAGGCUGGCAGCCUCCUCGGCAAACCCGCUGUGA